AUGUCAAAGUCAUCCGCUGGUGACACUACCGAGGACCAGCUAUCAAUUCACUCGGAGAACGAUAGAUCUAGCGUACAAAGCGACAGUGUUAGACGUAACCACGAAGCCCAGAUUGAUCCUGCGUUGUUUUCGACUGCUCGAGAUGUGGAAAAGAUUGAAGGUAGGAGAGAUCUUCCUAAGGAUCGCGACCUGAUUGCCUUGGAAUGUGUUGCAGAGCUAGAUGUCCGAAUGAAGAAUGUGGAAUCCUCCAUGAAUAACCAAGAAAGCCUGAAUGAAGUGGUCCGCAGUGAUUUGGCGAACAUCCUCAGUCGAUUAGCUAUCAUAGAGGAGAAAAUCAGCAAGGCUAACCCAGACGAGAGGCAGGCUUCUUCGGAAAAUCGCCAGACCGAGCGAAGACGGGUUUCGAGGCGAUGA